UGUACUAAGACUUGCGUGGAUUUCAUACUGAAACUUGCCGUACGCCAAAACCCAGAAACUGUCUUACGCACAAAUAAAUUCAGAUGUAUCAAAGUGUGCGAACGCAUGGAUCCAAGCACGUUUCUUUUGUACAUCUCGAUCAACGUGGAAUUGAGCGCACAUGCCGAGGUGUCCAAACUCCUCCCUGUCCACGCCCUCAUUUAAAUAUGCAAUUUCAUUUAAAUAGGCCUCUGGACCUGAGAUUCACCUCUUAAUCCGAUCACCUGGCACCAUGAACAGAGGCAAAAAACGAAAAAAAACUUCACGGAGUCCGAGCUCGAGAUUUUGCUCCACGAGGUAGAAAUGCGCAAGCAUAUGCUAUUUGGAACCCUGUCAACAGGGAUAAAUGCAAAACAAAAGAGAAGUGAGUGGGAGCGUGUUUGCGAGGCCGUCAAUGCAGUGGGGUCUCAGCAGCGCACACACUCUGAAAUUAAAAAAAAGUGGUCAGACCUCAAGGUGGAGGUGAAGCGGAGGGUUUCUGCCAUACGCCGAAGCGUGACCGCAACAGGAGGGGGGACGGGAGUGGGGGAACUCUCCCCCUUCGAUUUGAGAGUGGCCGCUUUGAUCGGUGACACCAGUGGCGUAGCCAGAAACUAGUGGUGUUCCUGUUUUUUUUUUCAAAUUUAUUAACUCCAAAAUAAUACAUUAACCAUGUAUUUUAACAAAGAACAAAUGCAACCGCUGCAAAACAUAAAGGGACGCAGUGCCCAGAGAUGAAGAACACAUAGAACGUGUGCGCAUACUCAUGGAGCCAUACUAUUACGCAUGGUUAACAAACCCAUUUAAUCAGUAUCUGAACAACACCGCUGCUGGGUUAAGAAUGUAACGUAUUUGCUGCUAUAUUUGCGCUGCAACUGAAUUCACAGGGCAAGGCGGCGUGGCUCGGCUUUGAAUGCAUUAAUUAUCUCAUAUUAAUGCAUUAAUGCAUAUGAGGCCGGUCUGGACUCAUAUUAAUCUCAUAUCAUGAUUCCGUCCCACACAGCUGGCAUGGCUCGGCUCAGGGUGGACUGGCACACUCCUGACCGAUCGGCCAGCUCCCGCUGGAAGGCCCCUGUUGCCAGGAACCCCAGCGUGGUCGGCACCUGUGUGGGCACGGACAACCCCUGGCUCCUGGCUGUGUGGCGCUCUAGGGCCGGCCGCAGCUCUGCGCACAGCUCCAGUAAUACUGGCCUGGGGAAACGAAAUCGGCUCAUGAGCCAAUCAUCAUCAUUUGCGAGUCUCCAGUCUGCUAUGGAUGAGGAGAGAGAGGAGUGGGGUCCUACCUCUAUAACCACUCUGUUUGGGGAACAUGGCCGCCAGAGCGAAGCUAAGAGCCCAGAGCAGCAGGAGAGAGCAGACUCCCCUGGACCCAGCUGUGUCUCCAUGAAGAGUGACUGCUACAUAAAUAUACCUGUUUACUUCGAAGAUGGAAAUCAGUCUAUUGAGAAGAGAAGAGAGCAGCAGGAGAGAGCAAACUUCCCUGGACAAUGCUGUGUCUCCAUGAAGAGUGACCACUCUAUGGAUCCACUUGUUUACUUUAAAGAUCAGUCUAUUAAGAAAAGUAGAGUCCAGCAAGAGAGAGCAGACUCCCCUGGACCCAGCUGUGUCUCCUUGAAGAGUGACUGUUCUAUGAUUCAACCUGUCACGUUUAAAGAUGGAAAUCAGUUUAUAGAGAAAAGAGGAGUCCAGCAGGAGAGAGCAGACUCCCCUGGACCCAGCAGUCUCUCCAUGAAGAGUGACUGCUAUAUAAAUAUACCUGUUGACUUCGAAGAUGGAAAUCAGUCUAUUGAGAAGAGAAGAGAGCAGCAGGAGAGAGCAGACUUCCCUGGACCCAGCUGUGUCUCCUUGAAGAGUGACUGGUCUAUGAUUCAACCUGUCACGUUUAAAGAUCUAAAUCAGUCAACAGAGAAAAGGGUCCAGCAGGAGAGAGCCGACUCCCCUGGACCCAGCUGUGUCUCCAUGAAGAGUGACCAGUCUAUGGAUCCACUUGUUUACUUUAAAGAUCAGUCUUUUGAGAAAAGGUUUAUCAGAGGAUCCAGCUGUGUCUCCUUGAAGAGUGCCAAGUCUAUGGAUCAACUUUUUCACUUUAACAAUCAGUCUAUUGAGACGAGAGAUCCUGGUUUAAAAGAUGGACACACCUUCAGAGAGGAGAGGCAUCCCCAUGAACCGGCUGAUACACUGUUGGGCGGAUCUGCUGCUGCCGAAUGCCAACUUAAAAUCAAGUCUCAUUUGAAGAAGAAGUUCAAGUGUGUGUAUGAGGGAAUUCCUAAAGCAGGACUGCCAACAGGUCUGAACGACUUUUACACAGAGCUCUUCAUCACAGAGAGAGGCAGUGGAGAGGUCAACCAGGAACAUGAGGUCAGACUGAUUGAAACAGCUUCCAGGAAGCUGGCCAGGGAGGAAACACCAAUUAAAUGUGAAGACAUCUUUAAAGCCUUACCUGAACACGAUCAACGAAUAAGAACAAUGCUGACAACUGGAGUGGCUGGCAUUGGUAAAACCCUCUUAACACACAAGUUCACUCUGGACUGGGCUGAAGGCAAAACCAACAAUGACAUACACUUCACAUUUCUCCUCACUUUCAGAGAGCUGAAUUUACUGAAAGGUAAAGAGUUUAGCUUGGUGGAACUUCUUCAUCACUUCUUUGUUGAGACCAAAGAAGCAGGAAUCUGCAGAUUUGACCGGUUCAAAGUUGUCUUCAUCUUGGAUGGUCUGGAUGAGUUUCGACUUCCUCUGGACUUCCAGAACAACCAGAUCUGGACUGAUGUCACAAAGCCGACUUCAGUUGACAUGCUGCUGACAAACCUCAUCAGGGGCUACCUGCUUCCCACCGCUCGCAUCUGGAUAACCACACGCCCUGCGGCAGCCAAUCAGAUCCCUGCUGAGUGUGUUGACAUGGUGACAGAGGUGAGAGGGUUUAACGACCCACAGAAGGAGGAGUACUUUAGGAAGAGAUUCAGAGAGGAUAAUCUGGCCAGCACAAUCAUCUCCCACGUCAAGACAUCAAGAAGCCUUCACAUCAUGUGUCACAUCCCAGUAUUCUGUUGGAUUACUGCUACAGUUCUGGAGGACUUCUGCAAAACAUCCCAGACAGGAAAGAAGAUGCCCAACACUGUGACUCAGAUGUACAUCCACUUCCUACUGAUUCAGUCCAUGCAGGGGGACUGGAAGUACCAUGGGAGAGCUGAAACAGAUCCAAACUGGAGUUCAGAUAGCAAGGAGAUCAUUGUUUCUCUGGGAAAACUAGCUUUUAACCAGCUGGAGAAAGGCAACCUGAUAUUCUAUGAGGAAGACCUGGCCGAGUGUGACAUCAAUAUCAAAGCAGCCUCAGUGUACUCAGGAGUGUUCACCCAGAUCUUUAAAGAGGAGUGUGGGCUGUACCAGGCCAGGGUGUUCUGCUUUGUCCAUCUGAGCAUCCAGGAGUUUCUGGCUGCCCUUUAUGUCUUUCAGUCCUUCAUCAACACUGGUGUCAAUCUGCUCUCAGGAAAACUAAGAAACCCCAGGACAGAUCAACUCUUCCUCUACCAGAGUGCUGUGGACAAGGCCUUACAGAGUGAGAACGGACACCUAGACUUGUUCCUCCGCUUCCUCCUGGGCCUCUCUCUGGAGACCCAUCAAAUUAUCCUACAAGGUCUGCUGGGACAGAAAAAAAGUACAUCACUGAUGACACAGUUUAAAGAAAAGCUCAGUGAACUGAUAGGAAGAAACUCCCUGACCAAUCAGACAGUCGGUUACAUCAAGAAAAAGAUAAAUGGAGAUCUCUCUCCAGAGAGAAGCAUCAAUCUGUUCUACUGUCUGAAUGAGCUGAAUGACCAUUCUCUAGUGAAGGAGAUCGAACAAUACCUGUCAUCAGAAAGACUCUCCAGAAAAUCUCCCUCCCCUGCUCAGUGUUCAGCUCUGGCCUUCAUCUUACUGACAUCAGAAGAGGACCUGGACGUGUUUGACCUGAAUAAAUACUCUGCUUCAGAGGAGGGUUUUCUGAGGAUGCUGCCAGUGGUCAAAGUCUCCAAAAAAUCUCUGCUGAAUGGCUGUCAUCUGUCAGAGAGAUGCUGUGAAGCUCUGGCCUCAGUUCUCAGCUCCAACUCCUCUAGUCUGAGAGAGCUGGACCUGAGUAAUAAUGAUCUGCGGGAUUCUGGCGUGAAGCUGCUAUCUGCUGGACUGGGGAGUCCACACUGUAAACUGGAAACUCUCAGGUUGUCUGACUGCCUGGUCACACAGGAAGGCUGUGCUUCUCUGGCCUCAGCUCUGAGCUCCAACCCCUCCCAUCUGAGAGAGCUUGACCUGAGCUACAAUCACCCGGGAGACUCGGGAACUGCGCUGCUCUCUGCUGGACUGGAGGAUCCAAGCUGGAGACUGGACACUCUCAGUGUGGAGCAUGGUGGAUGGUGGAGGGUGAAACCAGGUCCACAGAGGUAUGCCUGUGAGCUCACACUGGACCCAAACACGCCCCGCGAAGGACUCUCUCUGUCUGAGGACAACAGAAAGGUGACGCGGCCUGGAGACCAGCGGUUCCCUGAUCACCCAGAUAGAUUUGACUACUGGUACCAGGUGUUGUGUAGGGAGGUUCUGACUGGCCGCCAUUACUGGGAAGUAGAGUGGGAAAAACGCGUUGAGAUAGGAGUGACAUACCGAGGGAUCCCAAGGAAAGAAAGGGAUGAUAAAAGCUUGCUUGGACGGAACAACAUGUCCUGGACUCUUGUUUGUCGUGAUGAUGGUGGUUACGCUACCGUGUUCAAGAAUAGAGAGACAGCUAGAAAUCUCCCCCCCGCUGGCUCUACCAGAGUAGGAGUGUAUCUGGACCGGCCUGCUGGCACUCUGUCCUUCUACAGAGUGUCCCCAGAUGGAGGAGGGUCCUCAGACACACUGACACUCAUCCACACCUUCCAGUCCACCUUCACCCAGGAGGACCUCCUCCCUGGGUUUUGGGUAUGGAGUGAUGCCUCAGUGACUCUGCGUCGGUGGUAGAAUAAAAAAACGGGCGGGCGGGCAAAGACACACACACACACACACACACACACACACACACACACACACACACACACACACACACACACACACACACACACACACACACACACACACACACACACACGCACAAACACGCACACACACACACUGCUUUUGUGUUGGAGGAUGAGUGGCAUUUGAUGAAGAGGGUUUGGAGGCCUGAGAGGACUGAUGACGCAUUGCUUCUAUGGAACUUAUUGUAGUCUCUCGCUCUCUCUCUUUUCCUCUCUCUUUUUUUUCUCUCAGUUUUGGUCUUUAGGGCUCUGAUAUCAAUAUAUUUGUCAUAAUCCUAACAUGGAACGUGAUUUGAAGCGAAUUUUUUAUUUUAUUCAUAAUAACCAAGAGGUCUAUGGGAAAUGUUACAUGUUGUAAAUAACUUUCACCUGAAUCUUGAUUUUUUGUGGUCUGUUGGGAACCAAACCGCCACAGACAUAUUCAGUUAUUAAAGAUACUGCAGUGUCCGUGUGCGCAUUGCGCACGCUCAACCUCUAGUUAAACCCAUAGCAAUAAUGUGGAAACCCCAGUCGAUAAUGUAACAAAUUUCUGAGCGCAUAAUAUAAUUUUUUUUUUCCUAUAAUGUGUCACCGCAUAACAUUUUGGUUCAUCUAUUACGUAAUGAGGCAAGCAUAAUCAUUUUCUACUUAUAAGGCGUUUUCAGACGUUUUUGCCGAGUUUGUAUACCAGGAGAUUUUUCCCUGAGGGCGAUUCACACUUGAUGCUUUAUAUGCGGACAUCGAUGUCGUUUAGACAUCAGUAGAAUCAACGGGGGGUUUAGGGGGGUGGGCUUGCAAGGGGCAGGAUAUUACAUAGGGCAGGGGUUUUCAAAGUGUGAGAGAGUGAGCCCCCCCUCAGAGAAAAAAAUUCAGCUGAGCCCCCCCCCCCCCAAUUUUUUUUUCUAAAUACCUGUGUUUUGAAAGCUAUUUUAAUUAUUUUACACAUUUCAAACAUCUCCGAUCAUAAUUUUAAAACAUUUGGAACAUAUUUUUGAAACAUUUGAAACAAAUUUUUUAACAUAUUUUUCAAACAUAUUUCUGAAACAUUACAUCUUUUUGCGUUUUUAAACAACAAAAUGUAACAACUUUAUCUAAGCAUGUUUAGCUUAACCUUUUUUAAAUACAUUUGAACAUCUUAAUCUGUGUAAACUGCCAGUUUACAGAUUCAUUCAGGGACUCUGAGUCGAAUCAGAUCUGCCUUUUCAGUCCAGAGAUUCGACUAUUCGGCGGGGUUUGUUUAACGGCGUUGCUAUGGUGACCUCAAUUAUUAUAACCAACUGAAAACGACGCCGGUUUGAAAAUAAAACUGUGAUUCUGAAAAAAGUAUAAAUGCUAUCAAAAUUCCGUUUCGAUAGUAUUGAAGAUACAAGUGUUUAGAUUUGUUUAAUGGUUUGAACGAUGGUAAACGGUUGAAAAAGGAAUGAGUUACGAUGUCUAGAAGUAGGUGUAUCAGAAUGGGCUGACGUCUUCAAUGAAAACAGCUGAAAACGAAGCAGUAUGAAACUAAAACUGUGAUUCUGAAGGCAUUUUAAAUUAUAUCGAAAUUCUGUUUCGAUAUUAUUGAAGAUACAAGUGUGUAGAUUUGUAAAUGGUUUGCACGAAGAUAAACGGUUGAAAAUUGAUUUAGUUAUGUUACUUCUACAGUUGAAGUACGACUGAUGAUUUGAAUCAUCGUCUUUCUAUGAGGGGCCGUUUAGGACAUAACUCAUUGAGACACUCUCACACACAGACCUAUGAAACACUCUUACACUCACUACUGAAAUGCUCACACACUCACUACUGAAACACUCACACAUACAUACAUACUCGUCUGAAACACUUACACAUACAUAUGAGAAACACACACGCAUACAUACAUACAUACCUCUGUGGCAUAUACACAUACAUAUGAAAUGCUUACAUUCAUACAAGUGAAACAUUUAUACGUAUCUAUCUGAAACACUCAUGCAAGCACAUAUUUGUAUAAAUGUUUCAAAUGUAUGAAUACGUUUUUCAGUUAUAUGUAUGUAUGCUCUUACAUGAGGAUGUGCAAGCGUUUCACAUGUAGUAUUC